CUCUGUGCAGUGACAGCUCAGUAAGCCGGCCAAGUCGCUCGGCUGUGAGCGGUAUGGACUGCCUGAACUUCCACCGCAAUGUCCUCUGACAGAAUAUGUGGCCGUGUGUGACUGUGUUUUAACAACACGCCUGUGUGUGUGUGUGUGUGUAUCAGGGAGCAUACAUGUACCGGCGACACGAUGGCUCUAAACCGAGUGUCUCAACUCUGCCACGAUAUCACCAGGCUGUGGCUGCAACUGAAGAUGAUGACAGAUGACAUUCUGCAGAGAGACGAUGUUCCCAUGUGUGCAGCAGAAAUCGGCUCUGAACUCCAGAAACAGUUUGCCAUCCUGCCAGGUGGCCGCGGGAUGAACGGCAACCCCAUCAUCGUCCUCCCAGAGUUCCCAGCUUUCGGCGAGCUGGAAGACGAGGAGGUCCAAAAUGUCCUCGGCUACCUCACCAGCGUCCCCAGCAUUGCAGCAUCAGGAGUGGGUUUCAUCCUGGUCAUCGACAGACGACUGGACCGAUGGGCCGCCGUCAGGGCUACCCUGCUCCGCAUCGCUGGUUCAUUUCCAGGGAACUUGCACUUGGUUCUGGUGUUGCGUCCCACUGCUUUGCUCCAGCGGACUCUGUCAGACUUCCUGUUCAAGUUCAACAAGGAUGAGUUCAAAAUGAAGGUGCCGGUGGUGAUGCUGAGUUCGGUGACUGAGCUCCAUGCUUAUAUCGACCCGGGACAACUGACCACAGAGCUGGGCGGCACGCAGGAGUACUGCCAUGAGAGCUGGAUCUCACACCGCACUGCGAUCGAGGCAUUUGCCCUCAUGGUGAAGACCACGGCUCAGACCUUGCAGGCGUUUGGCACUGAGCUCGCAGAGACAGAAUUACCCAACGAUGCCGAGGCCACCACCGGCCUGCUGCACACACACACUCUGAAGAAAGAUAAAAUGAAGGAGGACCUGCAGGUGGCGCUGUCUCAGGGGGGACGCCUGUUGGAGUGCAUCAACGAGCCUCUACAGACAGACCCUGAGUACAAUAUGACCUACGAUGAAGUGGAGAACUUAGCUACUGUACAGAGACUCCUCGGUCAGCUGGACGAAACAGAGACGGCGUUUGACGAUUUCUGGGAGCGCCACCGCACCAAGCUGGAACAGUGUUUACAGCUGCGCCACUUUGAGCAGCACUUCCGUGAAGUGUGCGCCCAGCUCGAUGUGACAUCUGAGCGGUUGUCAGACUUCUCUGAGGUCAGCGUAAGCCCCGCCCACGCCGAGCACGUCCUCCGAGAGCUCGGCGGACAUGAGGACAAGGCCUGUGAUGUUCUGGACCGUGCCCUGACCUUGGCCAGUGAAGGUGACAGGCUGAUAGAGAACUCCCACUAUGCCGAGGACUCCAUCAGGCCGAAGUGCAGCGAGCUGAGGGGAGUGUGCGAGGAGAUCAGCUCCACGCUGAGGAACAAGAAGAGCCUCCUGCUCAAGGCGAUGGAGCUCCACCACGCUCUGGAGAAGGCGUCGCGGUGGUGCGAGGAGGGCAUCUUCCUGUUGGCCAGCCAGCCGGUGGACCGCUGUCAGUCUCAGGACGGAGCCGAAGCAGCUCUGCAAGAACUGGAGCGAUACCUGGACACGGCGCCGCUGCACACCCUCGCCGACCGCGGCGCCAUCUUCUGCCAGUACGAGGCAACGCUCACCGCUCAGCUCAGGGACCAGGUAGAGAGAGUUUUCCAGAAGCAGAGCUCCGUGCAGGAGAUGUUUGAGAAGAGACGCAUCAGCCUGAAGAAACUCGCUGCCAAACAGACCAGACCAGUCCAGCCAGUAGCACCGAGACCUGAAGUGAAGUCUCCACUCUCCUCUCCUAAUCAACAGAGAAAAGAGAGGAGAUACUCUGCAGAUAAUGCCAUCUGCAAAAAGGUGGAGUCUCCUAUACAUAACGGUGGCACCAGACAUGCUUCUCUCUCAGAGGAAGAAGAAAACCUGGCAGUGCUUCGACGCCACGUUAUGAAUGAACUGCUGGAGACGGAGAGAGCGUACGUGGAGGAGCUGCUGUGUGUGCUGGAGGGCUAUGCAGCAGAGAUGGACAACCCCGCCAUGGCUCACCUCAUCCCGAACACCCUGCUCAGCAAGAAGGACGUCCUAUUUGGCAACAUGUCUGAAAUCUACCAGUUUCAUAAGAGGACGUUUCUAAAGGAGCUGGAAGCGUACACCGACUGCCCAGAACUCGUGGGCCGCUGCUUUUUAGAGAGGAUGAAGGACCUGCAGAUCUACGAGGCGUACUGCCAGAAUAAACCUCGCUCUGAGAGCUUGUGGAGACAGUGCUCCGACUGUGCCUUCUUCCAGGAGUGCCAGAAGAAGCUGGAACAUAAACUUGGUUUGGACUCCUACCUCCUUAAACCUGUCCAGAGAAUCACCAAGUACCAGCUACUGCUUAAGGAGUUGUUAAAGUACAGUAAGGGCUGCGAUGGCUGUGAUGACCUGCAGGAAGCUCUGUCCUCUAUCUUGGGGAUCCUGAAAGCUGUCAACGACUCCAUGCACCUCAUCGCCAUCACAGGAUACGAGGGUAACCUGUCAGAACUGGGUCGCCUGCUGAUGCAGGGCUCCUUCAGCGUGUGGACGGAGCAUAAAAAAGGUCACGCCAAAGUCAAGGACCUGGCCCGGUUCAAGCCCAUGCAGAGGCAUCUGUUCCUGCACGAGAAGGCGUUGCUCUUCUGCAAGAGGAGAGAGGAGAACGGGGAGGGUUACGAGAAAGCUCCAUCGUACAGCUUCAAACACUCUCUCAGCAUGAGUGCGGUGGGCAUUACAGAGAACGCUAAAGGAGACAACAAGAAGUUUGAGAUUUGGUGCAACUCCAGAGAUGAAGUCUUCAUCGUGCAGGCUCCGACGCCGGAGAUUAAAACGGCGUGGGUGAACGAGAUCCGCAAAGUUCUGACGCAGCAGCUCAAAGCCUGCAGAGAAGCCAGUCAGCAGAAGAGCUCAGACUCUGUGUCCCCGAGUCCCACCAGCAACAACAGCUCUCUCAGUCCAUUUCGUAGCAGCGGUCAGAAAAACCAGAAGAAGCAGCAGGAGGAGAAGAAGGCGGAGGCGAGCCCGACGUCUGAAGUCAACUCCUCUUCACCGAAACACAAAGAUGAACCGGUGACCAGUCCGACCACUGACAGGUCCUCAGUGGCUAAAAAGCGUUUUACUUUGCAGGGCUUCAGCAAUCUGAAGAGUCCGAAAGGCUCGGCCAUGAGCCCCGAGCACAACUCCAAACGUCACUUGGUCAAGAGUGACCCCACGCCGUUUGGGUUCAAAGGCUGGAACAAGGCGUCUCUCUCCGUGGAUGCCUCGGAAGAGAAUGACGGGUACUCGAGCGGCGAGGACCCCAUGAACUCUGACCCCGAGGAGGAAGUAGGGAAGAAGCUGGCUCCAGGAAAGUACACAGUGGUAGCAGACUGCGAGAAGGCGGGACCUCAGGAGCUGUCUGUCAAGAGCGGAGACAUGGUCCAGCUAAUCAGAGAGGGAGAGGAGGGACAGUGGUUUGUGAAGAACCUCCGCAGCAGUAAGGAGGGCUGGGUGGCAGCAGCAAACCUCCUCAGCCUCAUCUCAGAGUCCAAAUCAUCCCAGUCACUCAGCAGCUCAGAUGGCAGCGUCUCCGGCAACCUUAGCACUUCUUCCAGCUGCAGCGAGACUUACACCAGCUUCUCCGACAUCAAACCCUGACCUGCCGUCGCUGACCCAUCUCCAUCCCUCCACCUAAGAACAACUUCCAAGUGGAAUUAAUAAUCUGAAGACCACCCACACAGGAGGACGGCGACCGACGAAAAAAACCAAAGCAAUCUGCAAAUAUUACCAGUGUUUUAGCUGAGUGUUUGCUACACCCACCUUUUCUAUAAUUACAGUAUUUACAGUCCCUGUCAGUCGAACUGCAGCAGUGUUAAACUCUCAUCUACCUUUGAAAUAUUCAGCAUGUUGGUAGAUAUUUCCACGCAUAAAAUAUCAGGGAAAAUAGUUCUUCGACGUCCCUGUCAGGCUAAAAAUCACAAACUCUGCAAACGACAGAGGAAAGCUAAAUGUCUGCACCCUCCUGAGUAUGUAGCAUUAAAGUGGACACAUUUAAAGAAGCUCUGCACUGAACGUGAGCAGCUCACAACACUGUUGGUAUCGCUGACAACAUCACAGCGGACGAAACAUCUCGGAUACGACAGGACUUUGCUGCAUUCCCAUCGGCUUUAGUGUCAGACGUGAAUCGUUACACUGUGAAAACUGCAACAAGAAGAGCAAAUGUUUUCAUGUUGGAGCGUCACUGAGCGGGUCAAACAUCGAUCUAUACGUCAUGUGACACACACACACGUGUGUGUUAAAUCCCUGUCUGUGGUGUCAAAGUACUUUUUCAUUCUCCCCUUCCCCUUCGUCCUGCUUUUCUGGUUUUACCUGCAAAUGCAUCACCAGGAGAAUGUCAACCAACAACAGCACAACCUGGUGGUCUUGCACUUCAGCUACAACGUACAAAUCACAGAGAGCGGCAGCUUGGAACAACUUCAACCUCUUUUUUUUUUUUUGUUUUCUCAAAGAGUGAUUGUCUCUCUGGCCUCUGAACUGUUCUGGAUUCACCUCUCAGGAAGCCCAAGAAGUUGCGUGGGCAGGCAGGUGUGACUGCAUACCUGAACGUGUCGACUAUGUCUUUGUGUAUGUGCAUUCCUGGUGUGUGUCUGUGUGUGUCACAAAGUGCUAGCAGGACGUAUGUGUGCAGGGUCAUUUUAAUGCAUUUAGGAGCGAGCUGGCUUUGGUCUGCACUGCAGCAGCAGAAGCCGGCUUUGCCCCCGCUCCCUGCGCUCCCAGCCCCACUCAGGCAUGUGACAGCAGACACUUCUCCACAAGCAGGACUAACCGGGGCCCAGACCUUGCAAACAGAGCAAUAUUUGUUUACUUAACACAACAACGUAGCUGAGUAAUCAUCACGGCUGAAUAACAAGGUGCAGAGAAGUCUGAAAAAUAAAAAGUGCUGAUUGCACAGCAGCAGUCGGUGGGUAAGCUGAGCCCCGGAUGGUCUUGCUUGGCUCUGGAGGACGUUGAAACAUUUUGGUGGCACAACCAGCUGCUGUAACACACCACACACACACACACACACACACACACACACACACACACAUACAUAAGGAACCUGUGCUAUUCUGAACCUUGUUUUUCAAGGGUUUUUUUAUCCCAAGAUUUCUACUGUAUCCACAAGGCGCACUGUAAAACAAUCUCUUCCUCCUUCUGUCCUUAAUGUUGAACGUGUGACUCAACGGCAUGCUGUUACACUGAAACCACAACGGGGUUACGUUUGUCUUAAAGUUUCUGUGUUUUUAUUUAAUGUUACACUCACGUCCUCCUUAGUGGCAAAAGGAAAGAUAAAGGAACCAGCUAGUUUACAGAGAGUAAACUGUGGCUGGUUUACACUCUGAGAUAUGUAUGUUACACUUGUACAGAUGUGUCCUCUUUAUACCUCAUGUUGUUUUCCUCAAGAGCAUGUGUAUUAUGAAGGGGCGGGGUAGGGUCAUGGUUUUCGUCUCUUUGUGGCAUGUUCCUCACAGCUCCACUUUGAAAAAGCUCUCAUGUAUAAAGAAAAAACAAAACAAACCCUGAAUGAACGAGGCGAGUAUUUUCUACCAGGGACUGUUGUAUUUUGUGAGAGUUUAUUUUCUGCCCUCGUAACGAAAGCUGACACGGGCACUAAACUUGUCAGUGUGUUAUCACGAUCACACAAUAAAAGCUGAUUGAAUUAUUUGUACUUUGGACUUGGAGCUCGGAGAGACGAGAAGGGUCAUAUAUAUAUAUAUAUUUUUAGUUUCUUUUUAUGCAGCACAUUGCAGCAACCACUGUCUUUAUUUUCCUAUUGUAUCUACUGAGUAUGGUGUUGAUAUUGAAGAUAUUAUAAUGAGACAUAUCCUUGUAUAUUUGUACAUAUGUAAUUCUUGAAUUGUAUGUAUAAUGAAAAGCAGCUUUAAUAAAGUCUGAAAUGGUUUCCUCUA